CUGCGAGCAGCGCGAUUGGUCAGGAUCGCCGUCGUUUCUAGAUACAGUAACUUCAAGGAAGAGCUGCAAAGACGAGUCGGUUGCGUGGCUGCUGAGGGCCUUUACUGUGGAGCGAACAGGCGGUUGGAGUGCUGGGCUCCGAGGCCGCGCUGAAGCGGGACGCCUCCUUUUGAGGAAUGCGCCGGACUCGCACAGGGAGGCGUUCCCAUCGAUUCUGGAAGGGACACCAGGCUUGAGGGGACGGGGGGGGGGCAACUCUUCUCCGUUUCCUGCCUCUCGGGUCGAGGGAUCUUUUGGAGCGAGCGAGGGCGAGCGGGCGCCGUGGUUUUUGGCGCCGGAGCAACGUCCGUCAUGCGGUUCAGAGCCAAGAUCGUGGAUAUCGGGUGCCUCAACCAGUUCACUCGUGUGAUAAACACAGUUGCCAAACUAGCCAAGACCUGUACUCUGCGCCUCACAGUUGACAAACUUUAUUUCAUACUCAGUGACAAAGUGGCAAAUGGAGGUGUCAGCAUGUGGUGUGAACUGAAGCAGGAAAACUUCUUUGAUGAGUUUCAGAUGGAAGGAGUAGCUGCAGAAAACAAUGAAAUUUACCUUGAGGUAACACCUGAAAACCUUUCUAGAGCUUUAAAAACGGCACAGAAUGCCAAGGCUGUGAAAAUCAAGUUGACUAAUAAACAAUGUCCCUGCCUCACUGUAGCUGUGGAACUGCCUUCUUUAUCUAGCAGUAGUCGCAUUGUAACUCAUGACAUUCCUGUAGGUGUUAUCCCAAGAAAGCUUUGGAAUGACUUCAUAGAGCCUAAUGUGCCAGAGUUUGAUGUCAGCAUUUUUUUACCUGUAAUGAAGACCAUGAAGAGUGUUGUGGAGAGAAUGAAAAACCUCAGCAAUUCUAUAGUAAUAGAAGCAAAUAAAAAUGGAGAAAUGAACUUGAAAAUAGAAACGGAGUUAGUGUGUGUUACGACUCACUUUAAAGAGCUUGGGAAUCCUCCAUGGGUUUUAGUAUCAGAGGAAGGUUCUCAAAAUUCAACCCAAGACAGAGACACCGAGAGCAUGGUGGAGGCACGCAUUGACAUAAAGAGACUUCUUCAGUUGCUUGCAGGUCAACAAGUGAAUCCAACGAAAGCGCUGUGCAAUAUUGUAAGCAAAAAGAUGAUUUGCCUCAUCUUGCUCCAUGAGGAUUUUUCUCUUCAAUAUUUCAUUCCAGCUCUUGCCUGAACUGACUUAAUAUCCAAGCUUAUUUGUGUUGAAGUGUUUUCUUAUAAUGCUAAAACAAGCAAAGAAAAAGGGGAGACUGCUAUUUUGUAAGUCCAUGUCAUAGCCAACGUCUGUAUAGAAAAGUAUAUAUUUUGCAUCUUAUUUUAUGUCAUAUUUAUAUUUUUGUAUCUGUAUUGGACUAAAUAUGUUAUUAAAAAUAAUCCUUUAAUCCUUUA